AGCUAACGUUAGUUGGCUAGGCUAUCCAGCUGGGUUUGGCUGUUUGAGUAGGGUUGUUGUCAUUAUGUUGUAUGUCAGGUGAAUCCCACCCAAUGUCGCGAUUGACAUUAAUGUAACGUUAGUUGCUGUACACAUGGGUAACUUAAGGGGACACGGGUGUUGUUCGGUGGUAGCUCCUGCUCUCACUUGUAACGUUACCGGAAAGUUUGCUGGAUCAGCUUGAUGCUCAUGUCUAAUACCUUUCAAUGCGACUUCACACUAGGGCGAAUAACCGAUUGAUGUAAUUGAGCUUAUAACAUUACAUUCGUUACAGCACGAGCCUGCUGUCGUGUAGUAGGACCUGAAGACGGCGUGGUUUCUAAACUCAUUUCCUGUUUUAUUCUGCGUAUGUCGUCAUGUUAGUCAUGCUGCAUUACACUGUAGAGAUAAUGCAGCUGUCAUUCCUCAUUCUGUGUUUGAGCGGUGUGUGUGUUGUCAUGAAUACAAACUUAGAUCGUAUGAGCUGUAAUGUCUGUAAUGUUUCUCACAAAAACGGUAUCGCAGUUGGCCAGGACUGCUCCUCUGGGGUGAAUCUUUUAUGCGUUUAUGUCAAUGUGACAGGUGGAAACUCUACCGACGACACUAUGGGACAAGACAGAGGAAAGUACGAUUUCUAUAUAGGCCUCGGCUUGGCCAUAAGCUCCAGUAUAUUUAUCGGGGGUAGUUUUAUUCUAAAGAAGAAAGGACUUCUUCGACUGGCCAGAAAGGGCUCUAUGCGAGCAGGCCAAGGUGGUCACGCAUACUUAAAAGAAUGGCUGUGGUGGGCAGGCCUGUUAUCAAUGGGGGCCGGUGAAGGUGCCAAUUUUGCUGCCUACGCCUUUGCUCCCGCCACCCUUGUGACUCCUCUCGGCGCUCUCAGUGUACUCGUGAGUGCGGUCUUGUCUUCAUACUUUCUGACGGAGCGGUUGAACCUGCAUGGAAAGCUUGGUUGUCUUCUCAGUAUCCUGGGUUCCACUACCAUGGUGAUACAUGCACCUCAAGAGGAAGAGAUUGACAGCUUAAAAGACAUGGCCAAAAAACUGGUUGAUCCAGGCUUUGUGGUCUUCGCAACAGCUGUCAUCAUCGUAGCUCUCAUUUUCAUCUUCGUGUUGGGCCCGCGCUGCGGGCAGACCAACAUCUUGGUUUACAUCACUAUCUGCUCUGUGAUCGGCGCCCUGUCCGUUUCCUGCGUCAAGGGACUGGGCAUCGCCAUUAAGGAGGCCAUUGCUGGGAUGCCAGUGGCACGAAACCCUUUGGCCUGGCUGCUGCUGCUGAGCCUGAUAGCUUGUGUUAGUACACAGAUCAACUACCUGAACAAAGCACUGGACAUAUUUAACACAUCUCUAGUGACGCCUAUCUACUACGUGUUCUUCACCACCUCCGUGCUCAUGUGCUCCGCCAUCCUGUUCAAAGAAUGGGAACACAUGGCCACCGAUGACAUCAUCGGCACGUUGAGUGGUUUCAUCACAAUUAUCGUGGGCAUCUUCCUACUGCACGCCUUUAAGGACUUUAGCAUUAGCUUGGCCACCCUGCCUGUGUCCAUUAGGAAAGAGGAGAGGAACGGACCCAUUUCAAACGGCAUGGCAGCUCAUAAUCACUCCAGUUAUGAACUGCUACGGAAUGAAGACACUGAGGACAUUGGAGAUCGAGAGAUGUCAUUUGACAGCGUCUCCAGAAGAAACGGUACUCUGACGUCCUCUUAGGGUUAAAAAGGAACCUGUCUGCAGCAGUUUUUUGGACAUCUAGAAUUUUUCUUUGAAGAUUUAAGAAACCUAAGACAAUCAACUUUUGAGGCAAAAAAGAUGGACCAAUUGAUUGUACUAAGAGUUAUUGUUUUAUUUGCCUUACUUUCUUGGUUCAGAUUAGACUACACGGUAAGGCUUCAUCUCAUUCCUCAUGUAGCACUGUAAAUAUAUACCUGUACGUUUUUAAGAGACUUUUGUUAUGAUAUAUUAUGUACAGAUAUCUGUAUUUACAUGCACCAAGUUUCUUUCUACAAAAAGUUAGUUGUGUUGACUUUGUAAUAAAGAUAUACAAGUGGAAGGAGAA